ACCAAUCAGGCCGGUCUCGGAUGGAGCUGGCGAGGCUGCGCCUGGUUUAUAAGAGCAGAGAGAGAGGAGGACAGAGCAGAGACUUCAGGCAACUCAACAACACAGAUACACACACUCAUAAUAUCCUGAGAAGACUAACAGAGACCAGCACCCCUUUUCUGACCAGAAUGGCUAAAGGGGACCCCAGAAAGCCUAAGGGCAAAAUGUCCGCUUACGCGUACUUUGUCCAGACGUGCCGUGAGGAGCACAAGCUGAAGAGUCCAGAGAUUCCAGUCAACUUUGCUGAAUUCUCCAAAAAGUGCUCUGUGCGAUGGAAGGCAAUGUCAGGAAAAGAGAAAACCCGGUUUGAGGACAUGGCCAAGCAGGACAAAGUGAGGUAUGAUCAGGAGAUGAUGCACUACACUGGCAAGAGAGGCAAGAAGAAGGACCCCAAUGCUCCCAAGAGACCACCGUCCGGCUUCUUCAUCUUCUGCUCGGACCAUCGUCCCAAGAUCAAGGCCCAGUAUCCUCACAUGGGUAUUGGAGAGGUUGCCAAAAAGCUUGGAGAGAUGUGGAACAACCUAACAGAUGCCCACAAACAGCCUUACGUGAUGAAAUCCAACAAACUGAAGGACAAGUACCAGCAGGAUAUUGCUGAUUACAAGUCAAAGGGCAAGGUCAGCAGCAUGCCUAUGAAUAUGGGUAUGAAUAUGGGCGCAAAUAUGGGCAUGAGCAUGAUGGGAAUGGCCCCGAAACCCAUGAUGAAGAGCAGCAUGGAUGAUGAGGAUGACGAAGAGGAUGACGACGAGGAAGACGAUGAGGAAGAUGACGAUGAAGAGGAUGAUGAAUAGACAUCAUUUUCUGUAGUGUCUAAGCUAGAAUUAUUAUUAUUAUUGCUAUUAUUGUUAUUAUUAUUGAAUUUUCUGUCUGGAUGAAGUGCAGUAGGAAUACACUGUUGGUCUUUGGUGCAUCACUUAUGAUUUUCGAUGAUCAUGAAACGGUUUGUGAUGUUUGCGAGGAAAGGACAGUUACUGUGAGUGAAAACCGAAGCAGCUUCCUACCUCCAGGUUAGCGCGCGUGUGUGUGUGUGUGUGUGUGUCUGUAUGUGUGAGUGUGUGUAUCAUCAUGACAGCCCAGUGUCUUCCUGACUACCAUUUGCUUCCAUUCAUUGUUUAUAUCAGAUCAUUUACAUCAGAUCAAGUGGUAGCACUGCCAUAUAUAAACACAUUAUGUAUUUUCUUUUGUUUAUUUGUUUGUUUGUUUGUUCAUUUGUUCAUUUCCUUUUUUUAAUGGGUUGUCUAAAAUUGUAUGUAACUCAGUAUAUUAUGGACUAGAGUUUGAUUUUUGCUACUCUGCUACUCAGUGUUGUGUGUAUCAAGGUAUCAUCGGAGCCUCCACGCUGCACCUGUAUUAGGGCAAGUGAUGCUGAUUUCACUCCCCUUAUGGAGUUCCUCUUCUGUACUGAUCUAGAACCUACCUUUCAUUUCUCCAGAACCUGAACUUAAUCAUUAACAGAGAAACUGUGAAACUGUUCUCAGAUCAAUGCAAAAGAUGCGGCUUCUGCCAGCACACUGCUGCUGUGGUGCAUGCUGGGAAAAUAAUAAAAAACAUAACCGAAACGUUUGGUACAUAUGUGGUUUAAACACACUACGUCAAACAGUUACUCAUCCCCAAAACCCUCUUGGGCCUUGAGCACAGGAGAUGGCGACAGCUAUGUGGAAGAUUUUCUUUAGCAUGUUUUAAGCUAAGUGCAUUUUUAAUAUUAACUGUUGUGUACGCCUCAUGUUCCACGUGGGGGGACAGUGCAACUGUUGACCAUGAAUCUGUACUUAUCUGUAUCUAAGAUUUUCUUUUUUAUAUGUUUAGGAUGCUACGUUUGAAAUUAAACGGAUUAAAUUUUUAUAA